CAACCAAACUCCACUCACUGCCUGGUUGUCUCAUCAUCUUCUUAGAUUCAAUUCCAACUCUCUCAAUUGUCUUCUUCUCUUCAAGACCACAAGAAUCUUUGGGGGGCAUACAGACAGCACAGAUAGAUCUCUUGUGUGCUGUCCAUUUGACCAACAAUACUCACCUCUCUCUCUCUCUCUCUCUCUCACUCUCUCUCACUCAAGUCCAAGCACACUAUAUUUUGAAGUGUCCCAUAGUAUCAACCAUAACAUGCAGAUCCUUCAAUGGCUCUUCAAGGUAGCACAUGAACCACCAAGAGAGAGCACUAGUCCUAGUCCUAGUCCUUCCAAAGCUGACAAUGAUCAAAGACCUAAAUUAAAAGACAUAGUAUUGUUCAACAAUGGCAGGCCUAAUCAGAGACUAAAAAGAGAGGAAGAGAGCAAAUUUAUUGGGUGCACCAAUUUGAACCCAUUUACACUCUUCUUAGGUAGAAGAGACAUUGCCAAGACUUGCUUCUAUAGCACACUUGACCUAAAGAGGUUGGGAAGCUUCUAUAGAAGGCGGCACCACCACCGGACGACUGUUCAAUAUAAGGCCGAUCCAGGGAACAAAGUUUUGCCGAUCAGCGAUGUGGCUUUACCGUCUUUGACUUCCAUGGAGGAACAGUGUGGCUCUGAGGAAAAGAAAGAUAAGCCCAAGGGUGACAAGAACAAGAGCAUUUCAAGAAUGAAGGAGCUUCUGAGAUGGGCUGCUGCAGCUAAAUCUGAGAGGGCUGCAAAGUAUUUGGGUAGAAAGGUUAUGCACUUGAGGAAUAAGGCAACUCUAAAAUCAGUACCAGAUGAUGAUCAACUAAGCAAUGACUCUCCUAAAAUAAGUUUCAGAUGGGAUGUGGAAAGCUGCUCUACCACUUCCUCUGCCUACUCUUCAAUUUCCAUGGCUUCUACCAAGAAUGAUCAUCAUCAGUCCUCCAUGUUGAACCUGUCUUCUUUGAAUUCCACCCCCCUCCAUGACAUCCAACAACACUGCUCUUCCAGAACUGGAAAUUGGAUCACUACUGAUUCUGAAUAUGUGGUGCUAGAGCUUUGAAGAUUGGAGAUUAAAGAAGAAUUUUAUGGGGUUGGAAUCAAGUGCUUAAAGUCUCAUGUAAUGCACUUAUUAUUAAUUAUAAUAUAUAAAUGGGUAUUGUAUUUUUGUCAUUGUUCAUAUCUGAUUUUUGCGAAAGAUCAAGGAAUUGAAAUGUGAGAUUAAUUUCCUGGAUGUGAAAAUGUAAUUUGUUUAAUUAAAGGGAUAAUUAGCUCAGCAACUUUGAUGUAUGAUUAG